AUGGAACAGCACCGCGCUCCCGCCAACAAGUUGACAGCCGCGUCCCUGCACGCGCACGUCCUCCACCUCCACCAAUGCGGCGCCGGCGGCAACGCCCUCCGCCGCGCCCAUGCUGCUGCCCUCGCAUCCGGCGCGCUCGCCGCGUCCCUGCCCCUCGCCGGCGCCCUCCUCCUCUCCUACGCUGCAAUCGCGGACCUACCCUCAUCCCGCCUUAUCCUCCUUCACCACCCCCUCCGUCUCCGCUCCGCCUUCCUCUGGAACUCGCUCUCCCGCGCGCUCUCCUCAGCAUCCCUCCCCUCCGAAGCUCUGCGCGUCUACAACCUCAUGCUCCGCUCCGCCGUGAGCCCGGACGACCGAACCUUCCCCUUCGCCCUCCACGCCGCCGCGGCCGCCGCCGAGGCGCACCCAGCCAAGGGUCUCGAGCUCCACGCCGCCGCGCUCCGUAGCGGCCACCUCGCGGACGUCUUCGCGGGCAACACGCUCGUCGCUUUCUACGCUGCCCGUGGCUCCGCCCGUGACGCCUGCAGGGUGUUUGAUGAAAUGCCCGUCAGGGACGUCGUCUCCUGGAACUCCCUGGUGUCGGCUUUCUUGGCCAACAAAAUGUUCGAUGAUGCGAGGCAGGCAUUGGUUAGCAUGACGCGCAGCGGGAACCCUGUGAAUGUGGCAAGCUUGGUCUCGGUUGUGCCUGCUUGUGGCGUGGAGCAGGAGGAGGGGUUUGGGUUGGGUAUCCAUGGGCUUGCGCUGAAAACUGGACUGGACGCCAUGGUCAACCUUGGGAAUGCGCUGAUCGAUAUGUACGGAAAACUUGGUCAUGUACAGGCAUCAAUGCAGGUGUUUGAAGGAAUGCCUGAGAGAACUGAGGUUUCUUGGAAUUCUGCAAUUGGCUGUUUCCUUAAUGCAGGGCUCUACGGAGACGUGCUUGCCAUGUUUAGGGAAAUGUCAGAGCGUGGAGUCAUGCCAGGGUCUAUCACGCUGUCAAGUUUGCUGCCCGCUUUGGUUGAGCUUGGGUAUUUUGAUUUGGGGAGGGAGGUACAUGGAUAUAGUAUAAAGAGAGCGAUGGACUUGGAUAUUUUUGUUGCUAACUCACUUGUGGAUAUGUAUGCCAAACUUGGUUCUUUGGAGAAAGCAUGCACUGUCUUUGAAAAGAUUAAGGCACCUAACGUGGUGUCAUGGAAUGCAAUGAUCGCUAAUCUUGUGCAAAAUGGAGCUGAGGUUGAGGCAUUCAGGCUUAUUAUCAAGAUGCAAAAUGAUGGGGAACGUCCAAAUUCAAUCACUCUGGUGAACGUGCUUCCAGCUUGCUCAAGGCUGGCCUCUAUAAAGAUAGGGAAGCAGAUCCAUGCAUGGUCAAUCCGUACAGGAUUAACAUUUGAUUUGUUCAUAUCAAAUGCUUUAAUUGAUAUGUAUGCAAAAUGUGGACAGCUGACCUCGGCACAAAAUAUUUUUGACCUUUCAGAGAAGGAUGACGUGUCAUACAACACUUUGAUUUUGGGUUAUUCUCAGAGUCCUUGGAGUUUUAAAUCCCUUAACCUCUUUAAGCAGAUGAGGUCUGUAGGAGUUGAGUAUGAUGCUAUUUCUUUCAUGGGUGCUCUGACUGCAUGUACUAAUUUAUGUGCAUUUAAACAAGGGAAAGUAAUUCAUGGCGUCCUAGUGAGAAGAUUGCAAAGUAAUCACCCCUUUCUGGAAAAUGCACUGCUAGGCUUGUAUACUAAAGGUGCAAUGCUUGAUACUGCAUCAAAGAUCUUCAAUAGGAUGACACAGAAGGAUGUCGCCUCAUGGAAUACUAUGAUCAUGGGAUAUGGGAUGCAAGGUCAAAUUGAUGUUGCUUUCCAUUUGUUUGAUUUGAUGAAGGAUGAUGGUGUGAACUAUGAUCAUGUGUCUUACAUCGCAGUGCUGUCAGCUUGCAGCCAUGGUGGACUUGUUGAGAGAGGAAAGAAAUACUUCAGUCAAAUGCUUGCCCAAAAUUUAGAGCCACAACAAAUGCAUUAUGCUUGCAUGGUUGACCUUCUUGGGCGUGCCGGACAAUUGACUGAGUCCGUUGAAAUAAUCCUAGACAUGCCUUUUCAUGCUAAUUCUGAUGUGUGGGGUGCACUGCUUGGGGCUUGCCGAAUACAUGGAAACAUUGAAUUAGCACAAUAUGCAGCGGAACACUUGUUUGAGUUGAAGCCAGAGCAUUCGGGCUACUACACUCUGCUGAUAAACAUGUAUGCUGAGGCUGGGAGGUGGAAUGAAGCGAAUAAGAUCAGGACAUUAAUGAAAUCCCGGAAGGUUCAGAAAAAUCCAGCCUAUAGCUGGGUCCAGAGCGGCAACAAGCUACAAGCUUUUCUUGUGGGGUAUACUUAGCACUUAGCUAUGCUCAGAUAAGUUCAAAUUGACUGGCAGUGCAACAGGGUGCACUUAUGGUGGCACGGAAUCUAUUACUAGGAACGAUUUCUAUAUAGCAAUACAUUAUGACAAGUUCACUCAGUUUGAUAAAUAUUUUUAUUUCAAUAGUGAACGAAUACUGUACAGGAGUGCAGUGGCUUGUAGAAGACUGUAGUUGUCAAUGGCUGCAUUCCAUGGGCUGACAAGAAUCACUUUAAGAUGAGUAAAUAUCAAUUGGCGCUAUCUGUCAACACAUCUUUUGUUAUGGAGUCUAGCCUAGCAAUGAAAGAGAAGUGUAGAUGACGCCAAGAGCAAGCGCAGCAACAUGCGCAAGAAGAUGUCCCCACAUUGGAAGGGAAGGAGAAAGGAGGAGUCGACAGGGUCAAGGUACCGAACAGAAGAAGUGGUCUCCAGUUUCAAGACACCAGGUGGUGGCUGCUCUGGUGUCAAGAUCCAACAAGGCAGUGCGGGCUUCUCCGGCUGCAAGGCAAACUUCUCCGGCACCGACGGCACUAGCUGCAGCAGUUCUAGAGUCAGUAUCGGACACCCAUGUCUACCGAGAAUGACAUUGAGACAUAUUCUGACUUGUGCAGUCUUCUUGCAGUCUUCUUCCUCCCGCGCCUUGGUGGUAGGUAGCUACCACUCAUACUUGCAGAGUUUAAUCCAUGGAACAGAGAAAUAUGGCAGGAGUGAAGCUUGGCACCUAGGGUUUUGAGGUGUCCAAGAGCGGGAUCGGAUGUAUGGGCCUCAGCGGCGUGGUACCGGAGGAUGCUGGCAUCGCCGUCAUCAGGUGCGCCUUCGAAGCCGGCGUCACCUUCUUACCGCUGAUGCCUAUGGGCCUGAUACCAACGGGGUCCUGCUUGGAAAGGUCAGAAUCUUCCUACAUCUCCAAACACUGAUGCUGUGUUUGUGCCUCAUUCAGUUGGGGGUGGCGAAAUUGUAAUGCUCAAUUGGAAAGGUGGGAAUCUUUAGGCACACAUUGCAUUUCUGUACAUUUAUAUGGGCCAUAAGUGGGAUUUGAUUAAAGAUUAUCAAUUAUUACUGCAAAAAUAAUUGAAUUGCUGUAAGAUGGGUGACACUAUGUCAAUAUGAUGAAGAUGAAUCAUGAUGAUGUUCCACUUUUUUCCUUGCCAA